UGUUGAUGUAGGAGAGACAUGGAGAAGAGGGGACACAUGUUGAUGUAGAAGAGGAUUUUGCAUAAAAGGUACCUGCUGAGUCAUGACCUCACUGUGACAUCACUUCCUGUCAGAUGUUAAUGAAGACGGUGAACCAGCUGAGUGCCGCUGCUCCUCGCAGUCAUGUGAUGCUGCUCGCUCCCCAGAUGCAUUCUGGGAAGGUGCUGUGUGCCUGUCAGGUUCCAAAGGACUCCGCCCUCCUCCCUGCCUCUGAUUGGGCGGUGGCGGUGUGUCGUCACUUCGGGGGGAGCGGCGGGGGCUCUGCGCUGGUCGCCAAGGGAACAGGAAGCAGCGAUGACAUCCCUGAAGCUCUGAAGUGGGCGGAGCAGUUUGCUCGCCAGACAACACAGCGAUGACAUCACAGCGCCUCCUGCUGAGCAGCUGUCUCCUGAUCGGACACGAGGGUUGGGGCAAUGAAGUGUCAACCAAUGGGACAUCUGUUUGGGAUAGGGGUGUGGCUCGUGUACAGGACUUCUCUUUGAUGCUCUCAGCCAAUCAGAGAAACUCUCAUAAGCAGCCUUUCUGUCAGUUAGCAUGCUAACGAUUAGCAUCUUUAAAGGAUUGAUUUUGUGUAUUAGAAAGGUGGACAAAAUAUCAGAAACACCAGGAGACUGUUGGCCCCGCCCACUGCUGCAAUCAGGCUCCUCAUUGGACGACUCUCAGAUGUGAAUUAUUUAGAGAUAAUUUAUGUGAAUUUAACAUUUCUGCGUUUGUAAUAAAUCACUGCUCACUCA